AAUAUGACAUAACAUGUCAUAUGAAGUAACCGAAGUAACCACAAAAUAAAUUGUAAUAGAAAUACAUUUACAUGAAUUAAAAGUAGAUUUAUGACCAUGGCUUUUAUACGGCGAUGUGUUCCAAUUCUAUCAAAAGCAAUUAAAAAUAUUCCCAUAGCAAAACAAGAGCAAAAUAUCCAUCGAUGGGUUGCUCCAACUUUGAUGGAGUUAAAACGACGUGAGGAUAAACAAGGAGGUAAAAAAAUAUUUCCAAGAAACACGUUCUUAGAAUGGAAUUUUGAAGCAGAAUUAUAUGCAUUUGGGAAGCGACUUAAUGAGGAUUUUGAUUCAACUUUACUGAUGCAAGCUUUUACUGACCGAUCGUAUGUUAUUAAAGAGGAAAUGAAACAAAAAGAAAUCGAAUUUGCUAUACCAAUGAAAGAUAAUAGAGAACUUGCAGAGAAAGGAAUGAAGUUCAUGGAAGAGUAUAUUCAACUUUAUUUAGAAGUGGUUUUACCUAAAUUUCCUAAAGAAGGUAUCACUGGCAUAAAAAAUUACCUUUUGAGCGAAAAAGUUUUAUCCAAUAUAUCUUUACAUAUUGGAACCAAGGACAUUAUAUUAGCAUCUGAAUAUCCAGUAGACAAUUACAUUUUAGCCAACACUUUUAAGGCCAUAGUUGGAGCUUUAUAUGAGUCCUCAGGUGAUGAAAAAGCAGCACAUUUUGUUAGAGAUUUUGUAAUCACACAAUUACAAGGCCAAGAUGUAAAUGAAUUCUGGAAUAUAGAAGACCCGUGGGAGAUGCUGUCAGGGUUCAUAUCAAAGACAGGAGCCACUUUGGAUCCGAGGCUAAUUGGCGAAGUUGGCAAGGGAACUUUAUUAGCCUGCUAUAGAGUUGGUCUCUAUGUUGAUAAGAAGAUGCUUUCAGCAGGAUUUGGGGAGACAAUUGCAAUAGCUAAGGAAAUGGCAGCCCGAGAAGCCUUAAAAAAGAUAUUUGGAACCGAAGAUACUAUGCAUCCUAUCAAUUUUAAAUUGGAAGGUAUACCAAAAUCAAGUAUGAAAGCGCAACAGCAAAUUUCAGCCAGUUAAUUUUAGUGAAUUAGUAGAUAUAUGUACAUCUUAUAUAAUUUGUGUAGAAAUAAGGCCAUAAUAUGAUUUAAAAAUAAAG